GGAGUUCGCAGCGCGCUCCAGACAAGAUGGCGCGGCCGGUCCGGGGAGCGCUCGGGGCCCCGUGCCGCUCGUCUUGCCUUCUCCUGUGGCUGCUGCUGCUGCUGCUUUCGCUGAAGCCGGCGACGGCGGAGGCCGGCCCGCGGGCGCCCUGCGCGGCCGCCUGCACUUGCGCCGGGGACUCGCUGGAUUGCAGUGGGCGAGGGCUGGCGACGCUGCCCGAGGACCUGCCCGCUUGGACGCGGAGCCUGAACCUGAGUUACAAUAAACUCUCUGAGAUUGACCCUGCUGUUUUUGAAGACUUGCCGAAUCUACAGGAAGUAUACCUCAAUAAUAAUGAGUUGACAGUCAUACCUUCCCUGGGUGCUGCCUCAAUGCACAUUGUCUCUCUCUUUCUCUGUCCUCCCAGCUUCCUGCAUAUGGCAUUCCCUGAAAGAAGAUCAGCAUUUGCAGGUAUAGUAAAGAAUUCAUGUGAAUUCUUGCACAUGGUGUUUGUUUAUCUCUGGAAGUACAAAAUAAUAAUUGCGUUUAAAAUUUGAGUGGUAAUCUCACAUGGUAAAAGCCUUGGUGUAUAGUAGAACCUGUGGGUUUGUGGGUAUGUACACAGGUGAGAUGGAGGUAGCUGUUCUCAAAAUAAAGUGUAUGUUCCUUCUUGCUGGGCCACCUCCAACUAUCAGGUUAAGAGAGGGCUAAUCAAAUGUGUUAGAAAAAUAAGGAAUAGCUCUAUCCCCAUGUCACUUUGGAGUCUUCCCCAACAUGGGAGCUGGAUUUAGCCUUACUUUUGAAGAUAGGCCAGUUCUUUUGGAUGUCAGUGUAAAAAACUGACAGUUUACCCAGGCCAUUGGCAUUUUCUUUGCUCUGGCAACAAAACACAGUGUCAUCAAACUGUGGAGUUGACACUGACUCCAUCCACCUUAGUAAGAAACCAUGAACAAAAUUUUAUUUCAGAAGGCUAAGUCUAAGUAAAUUUCUUUUGUUCCUUGAGCAGCCUACAGUGCUUUUGGUUCCCACAUUAAAAGUCAAACUGGAUAAACCCUUUUCCCCAUUCCCCGGGGAGAUGGCGGCUUUCCCCCCUCACCUGUAGACCAGUGGUUCUCAGACCUGAGCAUUGGUCAGAAUCACCUGAGGGCCUGUUGAGACA